UCGUGCUUUUAAGCUUACCAAAUUCACUGAUUUCUGGUCUUUCAAUCGCACAGAUGUGGUACUCAAAAUCCAGCGACUGGAACUAAUUUAAAAGAGCAGUUUGUUUCUUUUUGAAGUUUUUUACCUAUCCGCCUGUGAAAAUUUUUUCAAAUUUUGACAGCUGUCAGUUUGCAUUGACGAGAAAACACCAUUUUAAUAACGCCUUGAUCAAGUCAGCUGAAUCUUCCAUAACGGCAACUGUGAUUGGUCCGAAAAGCUAGUGUUAGAAAUGAACGAAUUGAGUGUGGUGUAUUAUUUACUGGGGAAUAUUUUGAGCAACUUUGAUGUAACUGGUGUUUUACUGGCAUUGGUUGUCUGUUAGAACGCUCUUUUUCCUUUGAUCUCGGGCGGAAAAGGCAGAUCCGAAUUUGUUUCAUCUCAGUGACACGUUGCGAGCAGGAAGGCCUGAGAAAUAAUUUGGAGCCAGAACGUUGAUCGAUUUUUCCUUCCAAUCAUCUAAAAAAUAGGGGAGUCUCCCUGAUCUGAAAUCCGCCUGCCUAGUCGUCACUCCCAAAAUUCAGACUAAUUUUCAUUCAUUCUCUUCAUUCAACAGUUGCAGCAACUAUAAAUUGGCAACAAAAAACAAACAAAAUUGAGAAUAAAAAUUACUGCCUCUACCUAUCAGUAAAAACAAUAUAACCAAAAUGACACUUAGUCGGAAAAUGUCAGCCGACUUGGAACAAGAGUCGAAUAACGCAUCAGCCGAAGAAAUUAUCUCUGAAAAUAACAACUCCUGUUCGCCCAAGGAGUCCAAAGACGUCUCCCGAACGACGCCAAUUGCGCCCGAAAUCAAGUCGGAGCCAGAUUCAGACUCGAAACCAGCAAAGCAGAAACCUACCCAAAUUUCGCCCUCUCUGGCUGGGUCGAAAACUACCCUUCUCUCUGCCAGAUCUCAGAUCGAGAUUUUGAACCCAAACGAGCCACAAGAAAACGGAACUUUCGACAGCAAAAAGAGUCCACUGGCUCUCCUAGCCGCGACCUGCAACAACAUCGGCAAGGAUUGUUCGCCUCCGAGCUCCAACGCGCCCCCAACUACCGGAUUUCCAUUCUAUUCCCCAUCGAACGGACGAGCCCUCUCAUGUAGCAGUCCCCCGAUGGGCGAGCUGAAGCUACCUUCGCCCCUCAGCCAACAUCAAAACAGCAGAAUGCGUUUGUCAAGCGAACCCGAGCAACCUCCAAACUCAAAUUCCGGAGUCCAUACUGCAACUUCAAUGCCCUCCAGUAUUUCGAAAGUUUUCAGCAAUAAUCCUCCCCCAUCUCUACUUAAAUACAUGGAAAAAUUAUCCCCAAUUUCGGCGGGAAACGCAGCCGCUGCAGAUUACAGUCAACAACUCCAGGCUAAGUUUGCAUCCGCUCUGGCGGCGAACAGCGCAGCGUCCGGAGCCCAGAACUUACAAUCUAAUCUUCUGGACAGUUAUGAUCCUCUAAAACUGGCCGCUGCAAUUCAACAAGCCAAAAAUGCAGCCGCCGCUGCUUACAUGUUCCCGUCCUCCGGAAACACGCCAAACCCUCUCUCCGCUCUGGCUAGUCUGACAUCGGGGAACCCAGUUUCAGCUCUUCAGUCCUCAGCAAAUGCUGCACUAUCCGGACUUAAUUCCUCAAUGGGAGUGAACUCCGGAAACACGACCGCCGGUGGUUGCCAAAUGUGUCCACCCGGUCAAUUCAUAGCUGGCGGAGGUCACUCGCCCUCAAAGCCAGGCGCCGGCUCACCGUACAUUACCUUUGUUCCUGUCAAAACCUCUUCCGGAAGUACAGCUUUAGUUCCAGUUUGUGCCGACCGGGGGUGCUUAAACUGCAUCACAGCUAUAAAACAAGCCCAGUUGAGCUCCCACGGAGGUAACGGGAACUCCAACUGUAACCACUGCAAUAACGAUCAUCACUCUAAAAGUCUCGCUUCCCUUGCUGCAGCAUCAGCGCAGCUCUCAGGAGUUGCGGGACCCCCGACAUCUGCCGGGAACCUACCAGGGUCUCUUGCGUCCUCCAACAACUCAUCAGCAACGGCCGCCGCUCUGCUUUCGAACCCGCUUUUGAAUCCCUUAAACAUCCAAGCAGCUUUACACGCGUCUCCGUCAUUGGCGUCUCUUUACCAGCAGCUAGCAGCCGCACACGCUUCCAGUGCCGGCGCUAUGCCCAUGGAUACCUCGCAACAAUCACCUGGUAGCAUUGGCGGACCUUUUGGUUCCGCCGGAUCCAUUGACGCGACCAACAGGGGAGGCAAUUUUAGCUCACCAAAGCCAAGUUCCAUUUUAACGAAUCAGGACUUACAUCGAUGCAAAUGGGCCCCAAUCGGAGGCGGUCAUCCGUGUGGCAAAGCUUUCACGUCGGCGGACGAUUUAAUGGACCACAUCAAAGUUGUUCACAUGAGCGUUAACAACAAUUCCGCUUCGUCAGCCAAUCAAAACGCAGUAAUCAACUCGUCUCCCACUUCGGUUUCAUCAGCGAUUGAGGAAGCAAACGCGUUGCAACAUCUCGUCAACCAAAACCGUCGGCUUUCUCCUUCGGUCGUCGCUGCAUCACAAAAUCCGAUGACUAAUCUAACUCUGACAUCAACCAACUCGUUUCUUGGGAGUCUUAGCUCGCUUACAGCCGGGAACCCUCUAGCCGCGGCGGCGUCCCUAACCAACUCGCUCAGUCGUAAGAUGCCGGGAUCCCUGGAUCUAGCUUCGGCACUGUCGGCAGCGGCCAGGUACCAUCCCUACUCCAAGUUUUCACUUCCUUCGCUUUCCGGAAACUCAGUCGCGACUAGUCUUCCAACGUCGAUGUCGAAUCUCGGACACCUUGGAAACGGCCAGCCCUCACCGAACCUCGCGGGAUUGACUCCCGCGGGUUUGAACGCGUUGCUAAGCAGUGCUGCCGCGUCCAGUUUCCUCAUGUACGAUUUGCCGAAAGCUUAAGAAGCCGAAUGAAACUUCAAGCCGAAAAAACGAGAAUGGACAAAUGCGAAUUUACAAAUUUUACUUCUCCUAUACUUGGUCACGUGUUUUAAUGUUUAUUCCAGCCCGGAUUUAUCGAAACAGUUCUUUAAUUUGGAUGAUUUUGCUAAAAUGAUUGCUGGUCACAUUUUCCAAAUCACCAGAUUGCUUGGAGUUCAGAAAUGGGAUCGUCUCAAAAACUCAUAUCGCUUUCAAAGCGAUUCUUAAUCAGUUUUGAAAUCUCAACAAAAUGGAUCACAGCUUUAAAACUGGAAACUGACUUUUAACAGAUAAAAGUCUUGAGUGUAGAAAAGCUUUAAAAAACUUUCAGUAAAAUUUAACUUGUUCACAAUUUUUCCAAGAUGGUUCGAUAGCUUUAUUUUAAACUGCAUACAUAACUUACUGCUAUAUUUAGUUCAUU